CUGUCGGGCCGUAACCCCAUGCUGCAAGAAGUGCUGGGCAUCCGCCCGCACAUCCUGGUGCUGAACAAGAUGGACCUGGCUGAUUCCCGCCAGCAGCUGACAGUCGUGGAGCACCUGAAGCAGCAGGGAUGUUCGCACAUUGUCUUCACUGACUGUCAGCGCGAUGGCAACGUCAAGAAGAUUGUUCCCCUGGUUGCCAAGCUGGUGGGCAACAGCCCACGCUACCACAGGGCCGAGAGCACUGAGUACAGCAUCCUGGUGAUUGGCGUGCCCAACGUGGGCAAGUCCUCGCUCAUCAACUCCCUGCGGAGACUGCACCUCAAAAAGGGGAAAGCCACCGCGGUCGGUGGUGAGCCAGGCAUCACCAAGGCAGUGCUGACUAGAAUCCAGGUGUGCGAGAAGCCCCUGAUGUACCUGGUGGACACGCCUGGUGUGCUGCCCCCAAAGCUGGGGGACAUGGAGACGGGCAUGAAGCUGGCGCUGUGUGGUGAGGUGGAGGCUGUGGCCAGGGGGGCCCCCAAAUGUGCCACCUUCUUUGGCAGGUAUGUGCAGCGCUAUGGGCUGGCCGAGCCCUGCGAUGACAUCGAGCCCGUGCUGAGGCACGUGGCCCUCGCCCAGGGCAGGAUGCAGAAGGUGAAGGUGCUGACGGGCACGGGGAACGUCAACGUGACGAUGCUCCCCUCCCCAGCCGCUGCCUGCGAGUUCCUGCGGGAUUUCCGGGCAGGACACCUGGGCAGGGUGACACUGCCCCGGGAGAGCGCCCCGCAGGUGGGGGCCAUCGUCCUCACCGGCAGCCAAAAAGCCUUCGCAGCCGGGGCCGACAUCAAAGAGAUGCAGAAUAAAACCUUCCAGGAGUGCUACAGCGGUGCCUUCCUCGCCGGCUGGGACAAGGUCUCCACUGUCCGCAAACCCAUCAUCGCCGCUGUCAACGGCUACGCCCUGGGCGGCGGGUGCGAGCUGGCCAUGAUGUGCGACAUCAUCUACGCUGGGGAGAAGGCGCAGUUUGGGCAACCCGAAAUCCUGCUGGGGACCAUCCCAGGCGCUGGAGGGACGCAGAGGUUGACCAGGGCGGUGGGGAAGUCGCUGGCAAUGGAGAUGGUCCUCACCGGGGACCGGAUUUCGCCCCGGGAGAGCGCCCCGCAGGUGGGGGCCAUCGUCCUCACCGGCAGCCAAAAAGCCUUCGCAGCCGGGGCCGACAUCAAAGAGAUGCAGAAUAAAACCUUCCAGGAGUGCUACAGCGGUGCCUUCCUCGCCGGCUGGGACAAGGUCUCCACUGUCCGCAAACCCAUCAUCGCCGCUGUCAACGGCUACGCCCUGGGCGGCGGGUGCGAGCUGGCCAUGAUGUGCGACAUCAUCUACGCUGGGGAGAAGGCGCAGUUUGGGCAACCCGAAAUCCUGCUGGGGACCAUCCCAGGCGCUGGAGGGACGCAGAGGUUGACCAGGGCGGUGGGGAAGUCGCUGGCAAUGGAGAUGGUCCUCACCGGGGACCGGAUUUCGGCAGCAGAGGCGAAGGAGGCAGGCCUGGUCAGCAAGGUCUUCCCUGUGGAGAAGCUGGUGGACGCGGCCAUCGCCUGCGCCGAGAAGAUUGCCAGCAACUCCAAGGUGGUGACUGCCAUGGCAAAGGAGUCGGUCAAUGCCGCCUUUGAGAUGACACUGGCAGAGGGGACUAGGACAGAGAAGCGGCUUUUUUACGCCACCUUCGCCACCGGCGACCGCAAGGAGGGGAUGACGGCAUUCGUGGAGAAGCGCAAGGCAAACUUCACUGACAGCUGA